GACGCGACCGCGCCAUGAGCGCCAAGUUCGCGUUCAAGCAGGAGCAUCCCUUCGAUAAACGCGCGAGCGAAUCGGCGCGAAUUCGAGGGAAAUACAACGAUCGCGUGCCGGUGAUCGUGGAGCGCGCGGAGAAGAGCGACGCGCCGACGCUCGAUAAGAAGAAGUAUCUCGUCCCGGCGGAUCUCACGGUGGGACAGUUCGUGUACGUGAUUCGUAAGCGCAUCAAGCUCAGCGCGGAGAAGGCGAUAUUCAUUUUCGUGAAUAACGUGUUGCCGCCGACGGCGGCGCUGAUGUCGGCGGUGUACGAGGAACAUAAGGACGAGGACGGGUUUCUGUACGUGACGUAUUCGGGGGAGAAUACGUUCGGCGGCGAACGCGCGAGCGACGAAGACGACGAGGCGAGCGUCGCGCGAUGAUAUCGCGUCGCGCGACGAAAUCGCGACAUUCGAAACACACUCACGAUCACGCGCUCGAUCGAUCGAUCGUUCGUUCGUUCGUUCGAUCGAUCGGCUCUGUACCAUAGCGACGACGAUUUCUGUAAAUACAUUCCCGCGCACCUCCGCGCCGCACACGCCGACGCCCGUCGCGCUCGAUCGCGCGCUCGAACGCGAUGGCGGACGCGAUGAUGGACGAGUUCAUGAAAUUCCAAGCCGAGAUGGACGCGAUCGGCGCGAAAGACGCCGAGGCGAGCGAAAACGCGCCGACGGACGCGCCGACGGACGCGCCCGCGCCCGCGCGCGCGGUGCCGGGACCGACGCCGCGACCGGCGCCGCGACCGAUCGCCGCGCACGGACGGGCGACGAUCGCGCGCACGGCCGAACGCGUGCCCGCGGGACCGA